UCAAAAUCAACCUUAAUUUAAAUUAAAAUUUUGAACACCUCCGAUUGGUGCUUCACUUCUUAUUUUUACUCGUUUCUGCGUUUUCACAUUUCACGUUUUUGCAUCAACAUUCGGAUCCGGAUACCAUGUUCGAUACCACGUUGGGCAUGCUCGUCAGUUGGCUGGCCCAGGGUAUUUACCUGCUGCUAAGCCAGGCCUGGCAGCAUCCGCUGCUAGCCACCGGCGCCUGUCUGCUCAUCAGCUUCUUCAAUCAGGCCGACGAGGAGGUGCGCAAGGAGCUGGGCGAGGAGCUGCGCGAACGUUUCCAGGGCUUUAGCAAGCUCUAUCCGUUCUCGUAUCUCUGGCGCAACAGCGCCAAGGGCGUGACAGGCGGCUUUGAUUAUACUAUAAAGCACGGACCACACACCUGGACACAGUCGGUUAUCAAUCAGAGUCCCGUCAACAUUGAGGAGCAGGUGGUGCAGCGCCUGGCCAUACGCGAGCUGCUCAACUGGAAUCACUACGACGAGCUGCCGGCCAGCAUUGUGCUGGAGAACACGGGACAGACGCUGUUGCUCCGUGCCCAGUUUCGCAGCAAUGUGCCGACCAUCAGUGGCGCCGACUUGCUGGCUAGCUAUACCUUUGUGGAGCUCUGCUUCCACUGGGGCUGGUCGAACAGCGAGGGCUCCGAGCAUACGCUGAAUCAUCGCAAGUUUCCGCUCGAGAUGCAGGUGCUGCAUCGCACGGGAGCCUCGGUGCGUCGCAACAGCACGAGCAGCUACGAUCUGCUUAUGAUUGCCUACGUGUUCGAGCUGUCCGCACACAAUCCGUUUCUCGAUCCGCUCAUGCAGAACCUCAAGCUGGUGCAGACGCCCGGCAAGCGCGUGAACAUUGCACCCUUUCCGCUUUCCUACCUGAUCUAUCCCUUUCGCACGGGCUUCUAUAGCUACGGUGGCUCGCUGACACAGCCGCCGUGCUACCAGGGCACCGAGUGGUUCAUCUUUCCCGAGUCGCUGGCCAUUAGCGACUUUCAGCUGCGCCACUUUCGCCAGCUGCUCAGCUCCGAUGGCGUCACGCCCAUUUCGCGCAACUCACGCCCGGUGCAGCAACUUGGCAAUCGGAUCAUCAAUCUCAACUACUUCUGUCCGUACGAUGCCACACAGCUGGCGCGCAUGCGCAUCGAGAUGCUGCAGCAGCAGCAACAGGAGCUGGACGAAGAACAUGGACAGUCGCAGCAGGAGCAACAGCAGUUGCAACAGCAGCAGCAGCAUCAGUUGCUUCCGCAACAGCAGCAGCAGCAGCCACAGCUAAAACUGCACGAUAUUCCCACCACCGUCAUCCUAAACUCGGAUGACGAGGGACAGCUGAUCGAGACGCUGGACACAACCACCACCAUAACCACCAGCUCCAGCGCCAGCGUUUGCACCACUGUGCUCAAACGUGAAACGGCAGCCAAUUCGCUUCAGCAGGAGCAGCAGCAGCAGCAGCAGCAGCAACAACAACAGCAACAGCUGCAACAGCAACAGCAGCAACAGCAGCAGCAGCAGCAGCAGCAGCAGUCGUCGUUGGCCGCGUGCUGUCCCAAUUCCAUCAUCUUUUUCAGCUCCAGCAACAAAAACAACAACAAUCCCAACAGCAGCAGCAACAGCAGUGUGAAUUUUCGAAGUCUGCAGACCACUGGCAGCGAUGGCGACUCCAGCCUGAUCAAUAAGUGCAGCGGCCAUUAUCUGCUGCAACAGGCUGAAGAUGUGAUGAUGACCGUGCCCAGCGCAGUUCCCAAGUGCGGCAUGGGCGAUGGCCUGGGUGUGGGCGUGGGCGUGGCUGCCGGCCCAGGUACGGGAGCAAGGAUGCAACUGAUCGAGUAGAGCGCCGACACGUAGAACAAGUGUUGGUUACUUUUUUAAUUUUUUGUGUAUCAUUGUUUAAUCAGCCAGAGGAACAGCAACAGGAAGCCGUCGGUAGCAGCUCAACCAAGC